AUGGCAUUCUCCAAGGAAGAGGAGGAACGUCUCCAGCGAUCUUUUCUCAAACAAUCUCACCUCACAGAACCGAACACAGAAAGCACAGACUCAGAGGAGUCAACAUCGGAAGAAGCCAUGGAUACCACUCCUCCGUACACUCCACCUUGGGAGGAGGAGCCCAUGGACACCACGCCACCCUAUGAGCCACUGGAAGUGAUGGAUGCCACGCCACCCUAUGAGCCACCGGAAGCGAAGGACACCAUGCCACCAUAUGAACCACCAGAACCGAUGAACACCACGCCAUCCUAUGAGCCACCGGAACCGAUGGACAUCACGCCCCCAUAUGAGCCUCCAGAAGAAGAAGCCAUGGAUACCACUCCUCCGUACACUCCACCUUGGGAGGAGGAGCCCAUGGACACCACGCCACCCUAUGAGCCACUGGAAGUGAUGGAUGCCACGCCACCCUAUGAGCCACCGGAAGCGAAGGACACCAUGCCACCAUAUGAACCACCAGAACCGAUGAACACCACGCCAUCCUAUGAGCCACCGGAACCGAUGGACAUCACGCCCCCAUAUGAGCCUCCAGAAGAAGAAGCCAUGGAUACCACUCCUCCGUACACUCCACCUUGGGAGGAGGAGCCCAUGGACACCACGCCACCCUAUGAGCCACUGGAAGUGAUGGAUGCCACGCCACCCUAUGAGCCACCGGAAGCGAAGGACACCAUGCCACCAUAUGAACCACCAGAACCGAUGAACACCACGCCAUCCUAUGAGCCACCGGAACCGAUGGACAUCACGCCCCCAUAUGAGCCUCCAGAAGUAAUUGACACCACGCCCCCAUGUGAGCCACCAGAACCAAUGGACACCACACCCCCAUAA